ACAAAUACACCUACACCACUCUUCUCAGAAGUUGUUGGGAGCACUACUGUGCUUUUCAGUUUACUUACCUGUUUAGUUUGUUUUUUGUUCAUUUAGUCUGGAGAAAGCCUAAAUCAGAUUUUUUUGUUUAACAGAAAACUGCAACGAGCAUAUGCAACAUGACUUUAUUUGGACCGUCGUUGUUUCUUCUGGCUUUAUCUUACUUCUUUACUGUCUAUAGCAGGCCGACAGGUGGCUACCUGCGCAACAUGGAUAGCUUCAUCCGAGCCGUUGAGCAUGUGGAAAACUCCAACCCUGGUCUGUCCCCCCUGGCUCUGGUCCGGGCCCUGCGGAGGACCGCCGGCCACGAUGACGUAAUGACCAUCCAUUUUUUAGGUGCCUCGAAUAAUCUCAUUGAUGCUGAGUUCUUGGAGACAGACAUUCUCAACGCCUCAUCCUUUAGCUUCUUUGACAAGGCCAUCCACCACAUUGUGACAGACUACGGAGAGGAACGAGGGGUGGUUCUCGCUCCAGAUGGCACCACGGUAGCCCUCGCACCCUUACUGCUGGGAAUCGAAUCGGGACUGAAAACCAAAAUGGAGGGGACGCCAGCUGUUGGGAUCUUCCCUCUCACUCUAGGCAGGACGCUGGGCUUGUCCUUCCUCAGCCUCAAGGACUUCCCGCCAUCUUUUCGCCUGGGGCCUAACGGUUGCUGGGACAACGUGCAGCGCCCUAAGUUGUUCAAGCUGUCUCGGCCUGCCACACUGGCCACUGAUGCUGUUAUUAAUGGGGGCAUGGAUGGAGCUAUACUGGGCACGGGGCUCAGCAACCUGCCUGCAUCUGAAGAGCCGCAGGCCCUCAGUGAAGUUUUGAAAGGAUACUAUAGUUUUAUUCUGCGUGAGGAGGAGGGUCUUGAUGCUGUGACCAGGCAUGUCAGCCCGAGGCGAAGGGAGAUCUCUAGAUCCAUUCUGGAGCCCCUCGAUCUCCACAACCAGGUGAUGGAGACACUAGUGUUAGUCUGGAAGUUGGAGAAGACAGAAUGGAUUGCUCUGGACACGGAAGUGGGGAAGGCAGUGAAGGAAGGAUUACAGGCAUUUGCGCACAAGUACUGGGACUGCCCUCAGAUCAUCCCUCGCUGUCAGUGGGGGGCAAAAGCCCAGCAGGGUACACCUAUCCCACUGUCUCUGCCCCUCCAGUUUCUCUAUGUUCACCACACCUAUCAGCCAUCCUUGCCCUGUUUAUCCUUCCCAAACUGCUCUCACGACAUGAGGGCCAUGCAGCGUUUCCACCAGGAAGACCGUGGUUGGGGCGACAUAGGAUACAGCUUUGUGGUGGGCUCUGAUGGCUACGUCUAUGAAGGCAGAGGUUGGAAGUACCUCGGCAGACACACCAGAGGGCACAAUGACAUCGGGUACGGCGUGUCCAUCAUUGGUAACUACACUGCCACCCUGCCGUCUCGCCACGCCAUGGACCUGCUGCGCCAUCGUCUAGUCCAAUGUGCAGUAGAUGGUGGAUGGCUGGCUGCCAACUUCACCAUCCACGGCCACAGACAGGCGGUGAACUACACCUCCUGCCCUGGAGACGCCCUCUUUUCAGAAAUAAGAGGCUGGGAACACUUCAGGGAAUGACCGGACCCCCACUGCCAGUUUGAUUUUCUUUAACAUCAUUAAUGGCUCGUCAGGGUUUGAUAACUGCCACUGCUGUGGCUUUUCAUCAAUUUUUUCAAUGAAUUUUAUUGUAUCAAAUGACAACCAACAAUAUUGAUGAAGUUAUGCUGGUAGUUGUUUAGCUUGUAAUAAAAAAGGCUUUUUCAAAUCUUUCAAUUUAUCAAUACAACUCUGAUCAUUGCCAUUGUUAAUGUAUGAAUAUUGUCAGGCUUGUAUGAAUUUGAAUACUUAUGUUUGAUUAUUGUUCCAAGUCCCAAGUCAGAGAUUAUACAGAAAGGUGCUUUUAAGAAUCUCGGCCUCCUUUCAAUCACCUUAUUUCCUAACUUAUGAUUUUAACAGAAAAAUGAAUCUCCAAAAGCAGAAGAAUGAAGAGACUGGCCAACUGUAAUAAAAGUGGUUGUCUCUCAUACUGGCCAUGUUCACUUGCAUCAAGUCUCCCACUGUCAUUGCAAGUUGCAUCUCAGACAGCCAGAACCAGCACACACAGAUCUAUUCUACAUGUCUGACAUUUUUGUGAAUGAAUGAAUAACUUUACAUUCACAGACCAGUAAGAGACCUUUCCUCAAAAGUGUCUGCAAUACUUGCAUAAGGUAAAAUGUCUCAAUUGUUAAUUAGGUCAUCAUUUUGACUGAUGAUUGACUCAGUAUAUCCAAACUAAAUGACUGUUUACAUUUUUCACAUUUUAAGCAUACAAUGAUGUAUUAAUAUAAUCAUACCACCAUGAUUUGAAGACCUGCAGUGAAGAAGAAGAAAACAUACAGUGAAAUAAAAACAACUCCCCGCAAGGUGGGUUUAAGUUCA